AUGACAAAGGCGGAUGCUUCUCUAAGGAUUCGUCAGAUAAUUGAAUUAGAAACUGGAGUAACUCCGCAUUUAGGUCAUCAAUCUAUAACAAUUGAUCUUAAUCGAGCUAGAGCAAGACAAACAAGAUUGGCGUUUCUACCAUUGGCAGUUGGAUUCUUACGUUUUUCAGUAUAUGCUGUAGUUACUGUAACAACAAACAUUUUGAUUUGGAAGGAAGAAAUCGCUUAUGCAGGUUGUAAUAAGUGGAGCGCUGCGCAGCUAGUACCUACUACUUGGAAUCAAGAUCUUUUACCAUGUCCAUAUACACGGACUCAAGCCACUGUUGCAGAUUGCUGUUUUGCACUUGAUAAGGCUUGUAAAUUAGGUGAAAGUUGUUGGUUUCAUCAAGGUAGACCACAAUUUCAGGAAGAAAGUGCAGUUGAAUGCUAUAGAUCGAAAGGCACAAAUUCAUAUGGUGCAGGAGGGCAAUGUUGUUAUGGUCAAAAUGGACAGUUGAUUACAACAGGCACCGGUGCGGGAAGUGACGAUCGUUAUCAUAGUAGUCAUUAUAUUUUUAAACAUUUCUUCCAUGAUGUUUUGCCAUUUAUUGGAUGUUGUAAAGUUUCACGAGAUCCAGAAAUGUGUGAUACAUAUCUUCGUCACCGACCACCGAGACGUGGUAGUAACACUAACCCACAAAAUGGUGGUGCAUGGGGAGAUCCACAUUACCAAACGUUAGAUGGACUAGCUUAUACAUUCAAUGGCUACGGAGAAUAUACAUACUUAGCUAUUCUUGAACAUGACACGGCUACAUUACAAGAGAUCACAGCUGCAUUUGAUUCAACUCUGAACUAUACGUUUAUGUCACAAGUCAGAACAGCUCCACUAGUAGAGACAGGAAAUAAAGUUACAGUUACAAAAGCAUUCGCUGCAAAAUCAAAUACUUUAGGCUCUCAGCCGAUACGUAUGGUUGUAAGUCGACGUGAACAUCUUCUUGUCUAUCGUGGCAAUGAAAUGCUUGAUUUAGAACCUAAUCUUGACUCGGUAAAUUCAAAUCAAACAAUUCUUCUGACAUUUUCUGAUGUUACGAUUGAAAAAGAACCAGUGAAAAAAACUAUUACUUUGACAUGGCCAAUAGGAGUUAGUGUUAAGGUUUCAUUAGUUAACAUAGUUUCACCGGCGGCUGCAGUAGUAUUGAACAUUGGUGCAUCUCUUUCAAGUGCCUUUCAAGGGAGAACAUAUGGUUUAUUAGGUAAUUAUGAUGGAAAUUCUGCAAAUGAUCUUAGAAACAAGAAUGGCCAAGUAAUUUCUAGUAACAGCACAACGGAACAAAUUCAUAGACAAUUCGGAACGACUUGGGAUAUUGACCCGACUAAAUCAAUGAUGUACUAUGAACAGAAUGAGACUCCUUUGUUCUAUUCUCAACAGAAUGUCAAUUAUACACCACUGUUCUCUCUUCCCCGUCCAUCAAAUGACAAUCUUGCACGUCAAAUUUGUCAUAUUGGUCCAGAAUCAGAGAGUUCAACGUGGACAACGGCGCAGUGGACUUGCUUUUUCGAUUUGACUGUUACAAAUGAUCAAGCACUCGCUCAAUCCUCUUUCGUAGCUAGUCAAGAACUUCAUGUGACGAUGUCAAGUUAUAUUUAUCGUCUUGAGCUCUCACACGAACUGAAGUACGAUCUUUUUCAAAUGUUUUCGGCACUUGCCACUCAAAGAUGCCAGUUGCCCUAUUGA